AUUCCAUCAAUGGUUGCUUCCUCGGCUGUGUACGUUGCUCGGCACACCUUGUUCAAGGAACCUGUUUGGACCGAGACUCUCAGGACUUACUCCGGGUUUUCAGAGUCACAACUCAUGGAAUGUGCAAAGAUGCUGGCUAACCUGCACUCAGUAGCCACUGGACACAGACUGCAAACUGUGGACAAGAAAUACUCAAAGUCUGAAAAAUGUGUUGUGGCAUUCUGCUCACCACCAAAGUCUCUUCUUGGCUUUGAGUUCGUCGUUAGUUUGAUGAUAUUAUUAGUUAUGAUUCUUUAG